CCCUUAUCAUCAAUCAAAACCUCCAAGAACACCACCAAACUUGAACAGACGAACAAAAAACAAAUAAGAUUCCGAAGAAGAAGGAAACCGAAGAAGAUCAUAUCAUCUCAUCAACAUUCAAUUCCUCCAAAUCUAGGGUUUCAAUCUCACUCAAUUGCGUGUAAGUCCCCCUUUUUCUUCACUCAAUUGCACCAAAUCUAGGGUUUCAAACUCACCCACAUCUUCUAAUCGCUCCGAUCCCCCUUUUCUUGUGUUGUUUUUCGAUCUUUUCACAUACCCAUUUGCGUAUGUACCCUUUUCUAUCAAAAAGGUUGUUGCUUUUGACUUAUUAUUAUGUUUCUGUUUGGUAAAUUGAUAGAAUUGUUCAAGUAAAGAAGUGGGUUCGGGUUCGGAUUCGGGUUCGGGUUCAGGUUCUUUAGGGUUUGUUGUAGAUUGAAAUAAUUAUGGCGGGAAGUGGUAGUAAUAAUUUGAUGAAAAAUGUUGUGGGUUCAACUUCAAGUGUUGUCCCAACUGGGUUUGGUAAUUCAGGGGUUCAGGUUGGUCAUUCUGAGAUGUCGGAGCCACAGGCGCAGGCGUUAGCGCAGUCGCAAUACGUUCAAGCGCAGGUUCAAGCGCAUGCUAGAGCGGCCCACGCGCGGUUUCAAGCGCAAUUGGCUCAGUCCCAGAAGCAGGGUUUGAUGGGAGGGGGUAGUGGGAAUGUUAACACGGGUGUUUCGUCGCCGUCGGUUGUGACGCCUGCGAAUGCGAAGAGAUCGGGGCAGAAGCCGUCUUCUAGACCGCCUAGUUCGGCUGGUGGUGCGGCUGGCUCGCCUUUGAAGACUAUGGAGCUUGCACCUGUGGCGCGUAGACGAAAACGGGCCCCGCCCGAGAAGCAAAUUCCGGAGAAAGUAGCUGCGUUUUUGCCCGAAUCGGCUCUUUAUACGCAGUUGUUGGAUUUCGAGGGACGUAUAGACGCUGCGCUAGCGAGAAAAAAGGUUGACAUUCAAGAAUCUGUUAAGAACCCGACCCGUGUGCAGAGAACGCUCAGGAUUUACGUUUACAACACGUUCGCAAACCAAACGCAGACAGGAGAUCGUAAUGAAAACAACGAGCCACCUUCGUGGUCUCUAAAGAUUAUUGGGAGAAUAUUACAAAACGGGUCAGAUUCCGACUCGACACUCGUGCUGCGAAACCCGACUACAAGCCCGAAGUUCUCAUCGUUUUUCAAGAAAAUCACUAUUUACUUGGAUCAAAAUCAGUAUCCGGAAAACCAUGUGAUCUUGUGGGAAAGUUCGAGAGCGUUGACGCUAAACGAGGGUUUCGAGGUUAAACGAAAAGGGGAUAAAGAGUUUACCGCUAUUAUCCGAUUCGAGAUGAAUUACGUUCCCGAAAAGUUCAAACUUUCACCUCUUUUGAGUGAAAUUCUUGGACUCGAGAUUGAGACCCGAUCGCGAAUUAUUUUCGCAAUAUGGCAAUAUGUGAAAGUUAAAAAGUUACAAAUUUCAACCGAUACUUCGUAUUUUACGUGUGAUCCGCCGCUUAGGAAGCUAUUCGGAGAAGAAAAAGUGAAAUUUUCGAUGGUUUCGCAAAAGAUUUCGCAACACUUGUCUCCACCUCCGCCGAUACAUUUGGAGCAUAAAAUCAAGCUUUCGGGUGAUAAUCCCAUUGGGAAUACGUGUUAUGACGUUCUUGUGGAUUUACCUAUUUCGUUAGAUAAAGAUAUGUCGACGUUUUUGGAAAAUUUGGAGAAACAUAGGGAGAUCGAUGCGUGUGACGAAGCAAUCUGCUCUGCGAUUAAGAAGAUUCAUGAACAUAGGCGUAGACGCGCGUUUUUUCUAGGGUUUAGUCAGUCACCGGGUGAAUUUAUCGACGGGUUUGUUGAAUCGCAGAGUAUGGAUUUGAAGACGGCUGCUGGUGAUGCCACUCGCAAUGCUGAAAAAGAGCAACGGGCCGAGUUUUAUAAUCAACCAUGGGUCGAAGAUGCUGUUAUCCGGUACUUGAACAGAAAACCGACCGCAGGAAGCGAUGCGCGGGGAAGCACAUAGUUACAUUGCUUUCAUAGAUUCAGAUAGUUAAGAGAUAGUUAUAAGUGUUGUCUUAUUAUUAUUAUUAUUAUUAGAUUGGAAAACCAUGUUUGUUUGGUAUUUUUCUUGUUUUCUUUGAUUCA